GUAGCACGACAACGAACUUGCUGACAGCUGCUCAACGGAUCUUCUUUGCGACUUGACACAAAAGAGCAGUCAUGGGGAAAGGAUGCAUUGCCGCCACCAAGUACUUUCUGUUCUUGUUCAACCUCCUCUUCUUUAUUUUUGGAGCUGUAAUCAUGGGCUUUGGACUAUGGGUCAUCCUGGAUAACCAGAGUUUCAUCACAGUUUUACAUGAGUCCUCCACAUCGCUGAAAGUUGGCGCCUACAUCUUGAUUGGGAUUGGAUCUCUGUCCAUGCUUAUGGGCUUCCUGGGCUGCUUCGGUGCCAUUUAUGAGGUCCGCUGCCUGCUUGGACUGUAUUUCACCUGCCUCCUCCUCAUCCUCAUUGCUCAGGUGACGGCCGCUGUCCUCAUCUACUUCCAGCGAGACCUGCUGAAACAUGAGAUGUCCACUAUUGUGAACAAAAUCAUGGUGAGCUACACCGGUAACAACACAUCUGAGCAUGCCUGGGACUACCUCCAGAGAACGAUGAAGUGCUGUGGUUGGACUGGACCAUCUAACUGGACGGAGAAUGUGGUGAUAAGGAGUCAAAAGAACAAUUCUCAGAUUCUAUAUCCGUGUUCCUGCCGAAAUGAUUCCAUCAGUGGCACAGAUAUAAAAGAAACAGGCCUGUGUGACGCUUUGUCCCCCAAUUGGCCUGUCUUCGCUACGGGUUGUAUAUCUACUGUGGAGGACUGGCUCCUAAGUAACUGUGGAGUUAUUCUGGGAGUCUGUGUUGGAAUCGGAGUGAUUGAGCUUUUAGGGAUGAUCCUGUCCAUGUGCCUCUGCAGAAGUGUCCAACAGGAGGAUUACACCAAAGUACCCAAAUACUGAGAGCAAACCCCGCUUCAGUGACUCACUUCGACCACAGAAAACACCAGUGUUAGAGCCUCUCCACACCAGCACAACAACUGGAACAAAGCAGACCAGACCACAUCCGAUCACCCAUAAACACACACACAUUCUUCACAUUAUUAUCCCCUUUAAAACAUCAAAACAUCACCCUGUUUAGGAUCCACACUUCCCGAUGUGGACUGUCGCAUCUUUUUUGUAAGAAACUAGUGAUCAUUUUCUUAUUAGUGCUCUGCAGGGUCUAAAUCUAAAGCUUUAUAUUUGGUUUCUCACGUGUGUAUAGCAUACCGUACGCUGACUAUUGCAUAAUGGUUUUCAUUGUUAGUUCAAUCUGAGAGCACUUUAGUGAAUAGCGAGUUUGAAAUGGGAAAGAGCUAUUAGUUGCUUUUAAAAUAUUUUUAUAACCCGAGGGGAAAAUCAACACUUUUUUUAAUCUUUUAUCAUUUAUUUGUAUGAGAAUUGUGUACUUUCUAUUCAAUUGUGUAUGUAAAUACAAUUGACGUACUUCAAUGAGGUUUCGUCUUACUGAAUAACUACAUCCUAGUUAUCGCAGCACUUAACGAUGGCUUUUCUAUACAUAAGCGAAGUGUUAUUAGCCAGGGUUGGGUCACUCAGGGCGGAGGCAGGUGCGGUGUGGGUAAAGAUGGCUGCGGUUGAGGAGUGCUAGGGCAAAUGAAAAGGCUGGGACUGCGUACUACAGCGUUUCUUGUGGUUUACGUGUGAGUCGGCCUACACCGCUCUGUGGAUCAGGGUGUGUAUGUGGAUUUAGGUUGGGCACGUAUCCCACAGAUCUGCUGCGCUGGUGUGGGUAAAACAGCUGUUCAAGUAUGUCUAUAACUGGCGUUAGAUAUAGAUCCUGCUGACUAGCUUCAGCAGCGCCACAGCAAAAUCCACAGAUGUAACAUCUGUCUUCCUGUUACUAACCCAUUUUAGUUGAACCAAAACAGGUCUGUGUGAUGUUGUGUGAGGCUUUUUAAUAUCUUUGCGUUUCUUCUUUUGAAUAUAUAUGUCUAUUGUGUUACAUUUCGAAUGAAGCUGAUGUAAACAAUGUCAAUGUCGAUAAUGGUUAAAUUGUUCAUAUCAGCAGUUGUUCCAAGCAUUUCUGAGGAAUAUUUUGGGCCGUGUCGGUGUCGGAAAAAAAAACAUUCGAAGCUUCUUCUGAGAAGAUAAGAGAAAAGAAUGACCCAGUCGCUGUCUGUAAGACCAUUUGACAAGAAAUCUUUCUAGCUCAGUCCUUUAAAAUAAUCCGAUAGUUUUAUUGUAAUGUAAUAGACCUAGAAGUGAUUUUUCACAUUUCAAGAUUUCUUACUUUUAUUUAGUCUUUUUUUUUUUGUGUGUAUUUUGUCAAGAAGCUGUCUUUUAGAACUCUAGUUUAGAUAGUGAAAGCGUCCCCACUCCCCCCAAAAUGGACUAUUAUUUUGAUAACUAUUUUAAAAGGUAAAAAGGAAGAUGAAGGGCUUUUUUCUACAUUUCUUAUACCUAAUUUUCUGUUUAAACGGGAAGCCAUGUUUAUGUAGUGUUUUACCAGCUGCUUAAGUAGUACAAAACAUGUCUAUGCAAUAGUUAUGAGUUGGAUUAAAAGAAACUUUGACACAAUA